AGCGUUAGGCCACUUCCCACACAGCCAAUCAACUGUGAGCUGCAUAGUGUAUGCUGUUGAUUACACUCCUUGUUGUCACAACCUGCAGAGAGGCAAGGAAUUACUAUGUCAUGCAUCUAAAAUGGAACAUACAGAAAAGGCUACUCCAAGGAAUUUGUGAAAAGCCCCUCAAGUAGUCUGCUAACCAUGCAUUGAAGAAUGCACAGUGACUCUUGCUGAAAAAUCAAUAUAAAGAAACCAAAAAUAAAAGAAUGCAAACCUGUGAACUGAUUGGUCUCAUGUGUUUUGGACUUGAGAAAGUGUCAGGUUUGCCACCUCUGAGCAGCAAGCUCCACCGACUCCAUGAAAUCUGUUUUCUUUGGACAAGAUUUUCGAGUCGAAUCCCACAUUUGGAAAAAGGCUCUCCCUACCCCUUCAGAGCUGCAAGACCAUCACAGGGGCUUGUCUUGGGCAAGUUUCAUUCAGGGUCUGAGGCAGUGGACCAUCUGAAUUUUCGAACAGAAGCAAUGAAUGGUCACAUGUCAAGUAAUAGGAUUACUGAUACUUCUGUUGCUUGAAGGCACCUCUGCAAGCUUCUGUCCCCAUCAUUGUACCUGCUCUCCUCCAGAUCACAACCCACUAAAAGUGGACUGUAGCUUCAGAGAGCUGGUGGCACUUCCACUUCUACCCAGUUUGACACAAGAACUGUACCUCCAGAACAACAAGCUGCGAACAAUACCCGCAGGAGCAUUUGAUAACCUUCAGGCACUAAAUAUAAUCAAUUUAUCUAGCAAUCCGUGGCAUUGCGACUGUGGAAUUCUGUACUUGAAGAACUGGUUGGAAGACCAAAUGGAAAACUUACUGAUUAGUGACAUAAAAUGCUUCACUCCACCUUCACUUCACAAAAAAGUAGUAUCUGAGCUAAGAAGGAGUGAACUUCCUUCCUGUUCCACACCUCGAAGACUUUGUUCCAGUUUCUUGUUCAGGGAUGGCUUCCUCUUCAUUUCUGUGCUCUUUCUUUUUCUGAUUGUGAGUGUCUUGAUUAUGAAAAAGACAAAAUUUAAAGUGGAGAUUUGCAACAACAGCAUGGAGUUCCCAGGCACACUACCUUCAACUUCUUAUCGGCUGAGAAAAAGAACAGGAAGAGUAUAGAGUAAUUCAUCACUGCUAACGAUUACUACACGUUAGAUUGCCAAAUGAGAAGAAAAGUCAAGGAAAUGAUUUUUGUUUAUCAUUAAAAGUGCAUUGGUAAACUGAAAAGAAUUGUUAUUAUUGACUUGUUAUUUUAAGGGAUGGGAAUUCAUCAAGAAUGUACUCAUAAUAUGCAACUUUAAAAGGCUUUAGUGUCCUUGUUUUAAUAGUUAUGUUUCUGAUUUAUGAUGCUUUCAUGCUGUUGGUGAAAUAUACUGAACUUGUUGGCUCUGGCUGAACUGGGUUGUUACUUGUUUCCUGGUAGUGAUCAUUACCGUAUUGAUUAAUCAUAAAGACUCUUGGCCAGCCACAGCCUAGAAGCUGAAGAGGUAUAACAGUUUGUUCUACAAGCCAAGAAGGAAUGACGGUGCUUGCUCUCUGGUAACCCUGUUUUCACUACUGCAAUUUGUUGUAUGCGGAACUGUCGUUGAAGACAGGCCCCAAACAGCAGUUAGUGCAUAAUUCCAGCUAGAAUUCCAAACAGGACUGCUCACUAGGAAGACUUUUUGCCUGGGUUGAAAGGGCUCCAAUAGCUACCAGUCUGUUUUGGAGACAAACUCAAAAUGCUGAUGCUUACUUAUAACACUCUAUAUGCCUUGAGACCCCAGUUCUUAAAGGAAGACAUCCUCCCAUGUUGGCCUACCCAUUUACUGGUCAUAUGCCAAUGCUCUCCACAGGGACAUUAGCAGGGAGCGGUGCAGGGCCAUUGGGCUCAGCCCAGAUCUUCUGCUCCCCUUUUCCCUUUUUAAAACGAUUUAAAAUGUUUGCUUACUGAGCACCCUGAAAAGCACAGGGCUAGUGAGACCCAGCCAGCCACAUCUGAAUUUGCCCUCAGGGACAUGCAGUAAAUGCAAUGGGUGUGUUGAGCCUCAGCUCUCCCUGAAGGAGCAGGGAGGGGAGAGGCAUGAGUUUCAGGCGCCUCAGCUGCUAGAAGGCGUGGAAGACCCAGGAGUUGUUGAGUCUGCUUGGGACCUUGAGGGGGGCAGUGAACUUGAACUCCAGCCAAUUCCCAUGGGUGGCGCAAGCUCUGUAGAGGAGAGUGCGCCACCCCCAGUCAUUCCCAAGGGCCCGUCAGGGGACGCCCCAGAGGUUGUACCAACUCCUCCCUUGCCAAGCAGUUCCCAGGACGCUUCCAGCAUGAUGCCACCUCCUGACCUCGAGCCUGCAGCCCAAGAGCAGGUGUCUUCCGACAAGCCAUUGGAAACACACACCCCCUCGCCUCGUGCCCGCCGCUGUGAAAAUGGACAGGGCAGAGACAGGAGUCAGAGAUUACGAUCGAAAACGUUCCCUACAUAAGCUGGCCUCUCAAAGAGGGGAGUCGCUGAGUCAACUUCCUUCACGUGCCGCAGAGCAUGUCUAAAGUGUAGUUAGAGGUUUCUAGUGAGUAAGGCAGAUUUCUAUAUGAAGCGCAAUGUCCUAGAUGUAUCCAUUACUCUAAUAAA